GUGUCAGGACUUCCUACUCCCCCGUCUCCCUCUGCUCCCUCUCUCCCUCUCUCUCCCUCUCACUCUCUCGCCGCUCACACACACACACACGCAGAGGUGCUGGAGCGAAAUCGGGAGCUUACCGGAGAAUUCCUUGGGAUUGUUGGGGGGUAUCUCCCCUCCGUUGCUGUGCGUGCCGUGGCUCUUCCGUGCACCUCCCUGCCUCCCCUCGCCCUCGCCCUCGCCUUCAGCCUUGCGUGGGGCAAGUGGCCACUGCUCAGCCUCGGCCCGGAGACCCGAAAUGUGAAGAGGGGCGGCCGCUGCCUCCCGCCCCAGGCCGCAGAGUCGGCACCAGGGAUGCCAGUCCGGCCGGCGCGGAGGGCGGACUGAGGGGCUUCGCCUGAUAAACUGAGUUGGCCUCGCGCCGCCGGCGUCUGCCCGCCCCUCCCGCGGCCCCCGCUCCGAGGGGACUCCCAAGUCUGCGCACCUCUGUCGGGCUUUUGCGUCCGCCACCCUUUUUCGCUCCGAUUCCAAUUUUUAAAAAAAUUUUUCUGAGGGAGCGCGCGGUCUGGGGGAGUGUGCGUGUGUGUAAAAGCCCCCCUCUCGCGGAGCGCCGUGUGGGAAACUGCGGGAAAAUGUUGACCUAACCCCAGGAGCCGCCCGGCUCUGGCUGCUUGGCUGGAGGAGGAGGCGGCGGCGGCGGCGGCCAAGCAGGAGGACGCGCCGAGCCGGGGCGCGGAGUCCGGCCGGCGAGCCGCGGCGCUGCCUCCAGCGCGGACUCGGCGGCCGGCCACACGCUCGCGGCCGGCCUCGGCCCUCGCCGCCCGGGGCCGUCGCUGCCCUUUGCUCCUCACCCCGCGCGGCCCCGGCGCCAGACGGCUCGCCCCCGGGGCGCGCUCUCAGACCGAGAUAUGAGGAUCAAUGAUGCAGACUGCUGGGUUUGAUGAAGCUGGGCAUUUAUAACUACAUUCAUUAAGGAAUACAAAGAAAAUAUUUAAAGGGAUCAAUAAUGGUGUCUACUGGUUGCAGAAUGCGAAGUCUGUGGUUUAUCAUUAUAAUCAGCUUCUUACCGAAUACAGAAGGUUUCAGCAGAGCAGCUUUGCCAUUUGGGUUAGUUAGGCGAGAAUUAUCCUGUGAAGGUUAUUCUAUAGACCUGCGGUGUCCAGGCAGUGAUGUCAUCAUGAUUGAGAGUGCUAACUAUGGUCGGACAGAUGACAAGAUUUGUGAUGCUGACCCAUUUCAGAUGGAAAAUACAGACUGCUACCUCCCAGAUGCCUUCAAAAUUAUGACUCAAAGGUGCAACAAUCGAACACAGUGUAUAGUAGUUACCGGGUCAGAUGUAUUUCCUGAUCCAUGUCCUGGAACAUACAAAUAUCUUGAAGUCCAAUAUGAAUGUGUCCCUUAUAUUUUUGUGUGCCCUGGGACCUUGAAAGCAAUUGUGGACUCACCAUGUAUAUAUGAAGCUGAACAAAAGGCAGGUGCUUGGUGCAAGGACCCCCUUCAGGCUGCAGAUAAAAUUUAUUUCAUGCCCUGGACUCCCUAUCGUACUGAUACUUUAAUAGAAUAUGCUUCAUUAGAAGAUUUCCAAAACAGUCGCCAGACAACAACAUACAAACUUCCAAAUCGAGUAGAUGGUACUGGAUUUGUGGUGUAUGAUGGUGCUGUCUUCUUCAACAAAGAGAGAACAAGGAAUAUCGUGAAAUUUGACUUGAGGACUAGAAUUAAGAGUGGAGAGGCCAUAAUUAACUAUGCCAACUAUCACGAUACCUCGCCAUACAGAUGGGGAGGCAAGACUGAUAUUGACCUAGCUGUUGAUGAAAACGGCUUAUGGGUCAUUUAUGCCACUGAACAAAACAAUGGAAUGAUAGUCAUUAGCCAACUGAAUCCAUACACUCUUCGAUUUGAAGCAACAUGGGAGACUGUGUAUGACAAACGUGCUGCAUCAAACGCUUUUAUGGUCUGUGGGGUCCUCUAUGUGGUCAGGUCAGUUUAUCAGGACAAUGAGAGUGAAACAGGCAAGAAUGCAAUUGAUUACAUUUACAAUACCCGAUUAAACCGUGGAGAGUACGUAGAUGUCCCCUUCCCCAACCAGUACCAGUAUAUUGCUGCAGUGGACUACAAUCCUAGAGAUAACCAACUCUACGUGUGGAACAAUAACUUCAUUUUACGAUACUCUCUCGAGUUUGGUCCACCUGACCCUGCCCAAGUGCCUACCACAGCUGUGACAGUAACUUCUUCAGCUGAGCUGUUCAAAACCACAGUAUCAACCACAAGCACUACUUCACAAAAAGGCCCCAUGAGCACAACUGUAGCUGGAUCACAGGAAGGAAGCAGAGGGACAAAACCACCUCCAGCAGUUUCUACAACCAAAAUUCCUCCUGUAACAAAUAUUUUUCCCCUGCCAGAGAGAUUCUGCGAAGCAUUAGACGCGAGGGGGAUAAGGUGGCCUCAGACACAAAGGGGAAUGAUGGUUGAACGACCAUGUCCCAAGGGAACAAGAGGAACUGCUUCAUAUCUCUGCAUGGUUUCCACUGGAACAUGGAACCCUAAGGGCCCCGAUCUUAGCAACUGUACCUCACACUGGGUAAAUCAGCUGGCUCAGAAGAUCAGAAGUGGAGAAAACGCUGCUAGUCUUGCCAAUGAACUGGCUAAACAUACCAAAGGGCCAGUGUUUGCUGGGGAUGUUAGUUCUUCAGUGAGACUGAUGGAGCAAUUGGUGGACAUCCUUGAUGCACAGCUGCAGGAACUGAAGCCUAGUGAAAAGGAUUCAGCUGGACGGAGUUAUAACAAGCUCCAAAAACGAGAGAAGACAUGCAGGGCUUACCUUAAGGCAAUUGUUGACACAGUGGACAACCUUCUGAGACCUGAAGCUUUGGAAUCAUGGAAACACAUGAAUUCUUCUGAGCAAGCUCAUACAGCAACAAUGUUACUUGAUACAUUGGAAGAAGGUGCUUUUGUCCUCGCUGACAAUCUUGUAGAACCGACCAGAGUCUCCAUGCCCACAGAAAAUAUUGUUCUGGAAGUUGCAGUACUCAGCACAGAAGGACAGGUCCAAGACUUCAAAUUUCCUCUGGGCAUCAAAGGAGCAGGCAGCUCAAUCCAACUCUCGGCAAAUACUGUCAAACAGAACAGCAGGAAUGGACUUGCAAAGUUGGUGUUCAUCAUUUACCGGAGUUUGGGACAGUUCCUCAGUACAGAAAAUGCAACCAUAAAACUGGGUGCUGAUUUUAUUGGUCGGAAUAGCACCAUAGCAGUGAAUUCCCACGUCAUUUCCGUUUCAAUCAAUAAAGAAUCCAGCCGAGUAUACCUGACAGAUCCUGUGCUUUUUACCCUGCCACACAUUGAUCCUGACAAUUAUUUCAAUGCAAACUGCUCCUUCUGGAACUACUCAGAGAGAACUAUGAUGGGAUAUUGGUCUACCCAGGGCUGCAAGCUGGUUGACACUAAUAAAACUCGUACAACGUGUGCAUGCAGCCACCUAACCAAUUUUGCAAUUCUCAUGGCCCACAGGGAAAUUGCAUACAAAGAUGGAGUUCAUGAAUUACUCCUUACAGUCAUCACCUGGGUGGGAAUUGUCAUUUCCCUUGUUUGCCUGGCUAUCUGCAUCUUUACCUUCUGCUUUUUCCGUGGUCUACAGAGUGACCGUAAUACUAUUCACAAGAACCUUUGUAUCAACCUUUUCAUUGCUGAAUUUAUUUUCCUAAUAGGCAUUGAUAAGACAAAAUACAUGAUUGCAUGCCCAAUAUUUGCAGGACUUCUUCACUUUUUCUUUUUGGCUGCUUUUGCUUGGAUGUGCUUAGAAGGUGUGCAACUCUACCUAAUGUUAGUUGAAGUUUUUGAAAGUGAAUAUUCAAGGAAGAAAUAUUACUAUGUUGCUGGUUACUUGUUUCCUGCCACAGUAGUUGGAGUUUCAGCUGCUAUUGACUAUAAGAGCUAUGGAACAGAGAAAGCUUGCUGGCUUCAUGUUGAUAACUAUUUUAUAUGGAGUUUCAUUGGACCUGUAACCUUCAUCAUUCUGCUAAAUAUUAUCUUCCUGGUGAUCACAUUGUGCAAAAUGGUGAAGCACUCAAACACUUUGAAACCAGAUUCUAGCAGGUUGGAAAACAUUAAGUCUUGGGUGCUUGGUGCUUUCGCUCUUCUGUGUCUUCUUGGCCUAACCUGGUCAUUUGGGUUGCUUUUUAUUAAUGAGGAGACUAUUGUGAUGGCGUAUCUCUUCACCAUCUUUAAUGCUUUCCAGGGAGUGUUCAUUUUCAUCUUUCACUGUGCUCUCCAAAAGAAAGUACGAAAAGAAUAUGGCAAGUGCUUCAGACACUCGUAUUGCUGCGGUGGCCUCCCAACCGAAAGCCCCCACAGUUCAGUGAAAGCAUCGACCACCAGAACCAGUGCUCGGUAUUCCUCUGGCACACAGAGUCGUAUAAGAAGGAUGUGGAAUGACACUGUGAGAAAACAAUCUGAAUCUUCUUUUAUCUCAGGUGACAUCAAUAGCACUUCAACACUUAAUCAAGGGAUGACUGGCAAUUACCUACUAACAAACCCUCUUCUUCGACCCCACGGCACUAACAACCCCUAUAACACAUUGCUCGCUGAAACAGUUGUAUGUAAUGCCCCUUCAGCUCCUGUAUUUAACUCACCAGGACAUUCACUGAACAAUGCCAGGGAUACGAGUGCCAUGGAUACUCUACCGCUAAAUGGUAACUUUAACAACAGCUACUCACUGCGCAAGGGGGACUAUAAUGACAGCGUGCAAGUCGUGGACUGUGGACUAAGUCUGAAUGAUACUGCUUUUGAGAAAAUGAUCAUUUCAGAGUUAGUGCACAACAACCUACGGGGCAGCAGCAAGACUCACAACCUCGAGCUCACACUACCAGUCAAACCUAUGAUUGGAGGCAGCAGCAGCGAAGAUGAUGCCAUCGUGGCAGACGCUUCAUCUUUGAUGCACGGCGACAACCCAGGGCUGGAGCUCCAUCACAAAGAACUCGAGGCACCGCUCAUUCCUCAGCGGACUCACUCCCUUCUCUACCAACCCCAGAAGAAAGUGAAGCCCGAGGGGACUGACAGCUAUGUCUCCCAGCUGACAGCUGAGGCUGAGGACCACCUACAGUCCCCCAACAGAGACUCUCUAUAUACAAGCAUGCCCAAUCUUAGAGACUCUCCCUAUCAGGAGAGCAGCCCCGACAUGGAAGAAGACCUCUCUCCCUCCAGGAGGAGUGAGAAUGAGGACAUUUACUAUAAAAGCAUGCCAAAUCUUGGAGCUGGCCACCAGCUCCAGAUGUGCUACCAGAUCAGCAGGGGCAAUAGUGAUGGUUACAUAAUCCCCAUUAACAAAGAGGGGUGUAUUCCGGAAGGAGAUGUUAGAGAAGGACAAAUGCAGCUGGUAACGAGUCUUUAAUAGUGCAGCUAAGGAAUUCCGAGGGCCACAUGCAAGUAUUAAUAAAUAAACAAAGACUCCACUGGCCCAGUGCAGUUCCCUCAAACUCCGCUUGAAGAGUCGGCUCUGUUGACCUGUGGUUCUCCAGUGUAAAAAAGAUGACUGAACCUUGCAGUUCUGUGAAUUUUUAUAGAACAUACAAAAACUUUGUAUAUACACAGAGUAUACUAAAAUGAAUUAUUUGUUACAAAGAAAAGAGAUGCCAACCAGGUAUUUUAAGAUUCUGCUGCUGUUUAGAGAAAUUGUGAAACAAGGAAAACAAAACUUCCCAGCCAUUUACUGCAGCAGUUUGUGAACUAAAUUUGUAAAUAUGGCUGCACCAUUUUUGUAGGCCUGCAUUGUAUUAUAUACAAGGCGUAGGCUUUAAAAUCCUGUGGGACAAAUUUACCAUACUUUACUGUUCCUGAUGAGACUUGGAAAAGCAGGAGAGAUAUUCUGCAUCAGUUUGCAGUUCACUGCAAAUCUUUUACAUUAAGGCAAAGAUUGAAAACAUGUUUAACCACUAGCAAUCAAGCCACAGGCCUUAUUUCAUAUGUUUUCUCAACUGUACAAUGAACUAUUCUCAUGAAAAAUGGCUAAAGAAAUUAUAUUUUGUUCUAUUGCUAGGGUAAAAUAAAUAAUUUGUGUCCAAACUGAAAUAUAAUUGUCAUUAAAAUAAUUUUUAAAAGUUUGAAGAAAAUAUUGUGAAAAGCUCUUGGUUGCACAUAUGUUAUGAAAUGUUUUUUCUUACACUUUGUCAUGGUAAGUUCUACCCAUUUUCACUUAUUUUCCACUCUAUACAGUGUUCUGCUUUGACAAGUUAGUCUUUAUUCUUACAUUUAAAUUUCUUACUGCCAAAAGAACGUGUUUUAUGGGGAAAUAUUCUUUGAAGCCAGUUCUGCCAUGCCUUGCACAAAUGUGGUGAAAUCUAGAAAAGAUUGUGUAUCACCCCUCUGUUUAUUCUUGAACAGAGGGCAAUGAGGGCACCGGGCACUUCUCACAAACUUUCUAGUGAACAAAAGGUGCCUAUUCUUUUUUAAAAAAUAAAAUAAAACAUAAAUAUUACUCUUCCAUACUCCUUCUGCCUAUAUUUAGUAAUUAAUUUAUUUUAUGAUAAAGUUCUAAUGAAAUGUAAAUUGUUUCAGCAACGUUCUGCUUUUCUUUUCAUCCCUUUGUGUAAACCUGUUAAUAAUGAGCCCAUCACUAAUACCCAGUGUAAAGUUUAACACGGUUUGACAGUAAAUAAAUGUGAAUUUUUUCAAGUA